AUGCUCUCCAAGACCCCGCGCACUCUCGUCCAGGUAGACAUGACAAAAACACCCUUCAACCAGCCAGUCCCGCUCCACAACCGAUGGCACCCCGACAUCCCGCCCGUUGGGACCGUUGAACAGGGAGAAAUAUUCAGAUUGGAAUGCAUCGACUGGACUGGAGGACAGAUCAAGAAUGACGACUCACCCAAGGAUGUGGAGCGGGUAGAUCUCACCCAAGUUCACUACCUCAGUGGCCCUGUUAAGGUGGAAGGAGCAGAACCGGGAGACCUCCUCGAAGUUGACCUGCUCGACAUCGGAGCGCUCAGGGACUCUCUUUGGGGAUUCACUGGCAUCUUUGCUCGCGAAAACGGAGGCGGCUUCCUCGCUGACCACUUCCCCAAGUCCCACAAGGCCAUCUGGGACCUCGAGGAGUAUGCUACUUCCAGGCACAUCCCCCAUGUGAAGUUGGCCGGCAUGCUGCAUCCUGGCAUCGUUGGCUGCGCUCCUUCCCACGAGCUUUUGCAUGAGUGGAAUCGCAGAGAGAAAAUUCUCUUCGAUUCUGCGCCCAAUCGUGUUCCUCCUCUGGCGUGUCUUCCGAACUAAAAAGGCGCCUGGGUGGGCAAGUUGCGCGGGGAAGCUGCCGACAAGGUGAAGCGUGAGGGCGCCAGGACGGUCCCGCCGAGGGAGCACGGAGGCAAUUGCGACAUAAAAAACUUAUCGAUAGGCUCCAAGAUGUACCUGCCCGUAGUCCCAGGAGGACUGCUAUCGGUGGGUGAUAUCCACUUCUGCCAGGGAGACGGUGAGAUAACCUUCUGUGGAGCCAUCGAGAUGGCGGGAUGGAUGGACAUGAAGGUCAGGGUCAUCAAGGACGGCAUGAAGAAAUAUGCAGUCAAGAAUCCUAUCUUCAAGCCUGGGCCCUUCGGACCGCACUACUGAUUGGCUCACUUUGAGGGGAUCAGUGUGGACGAAAAAGGAAAGCAGCACUUUGAUGCACACGUAGCUUACCGUAUGGCUUGUCUCAAUGCCAUCAACUACUUGAAGACCCUUGGAUACACUGGCGAGCAAGCAUAUAUGAUUUUGGGUUGCGCUCCAGUUGAGGGAAGAAUUGCAUCGAUUGUGGACAUCCCCAACGCAUGCUGCACUCUCUCCAUACCUACCGAGAUCUUUGACUUCGAUGUCAGGCCUAAAUGA